AUGUCCGUUCGGGUGCUGAUCAAGGAGUACCCGCACCGCGCCAUCGCCCUCAGCACACCCACCCACGUCCUCGUCCUGCGCCACAGCGCCUCCUCGACCGAACACCAUGCCAACCCGAACGCCUCGUCGACGUCGCUGGGCAGCAACGGCGCCGCCGCCGCCCGCUGCAUGGUCGAGUUCUCGCGCACCGGGGACGUCGACCUGGACGACUACCGCGCCCUGCACUCGGUCACCGCCCACGGCACCCUGGGCCUGAUCACCGUCAACGGCGACGUCUUCCUGGUCGUGGUCAAUGGCGCGAGCAAGGUCGCGACGGUGCGCCCCGGCGAGACGGUCCAGCGCAUCCACUCGGUCGGCUUCUACUGCCUGACCAGCGCCAGCUACGACGCCCUGCUGAACGAGGAGGUCAAUCCGUACCCCACCGACACCAUCGACGACGAGGGCUAUGAGAUGGGCUUUGGCGGCCGCAAGGAGCAGUCGCCGCUCGAGCACCCGUGUCUGGCGCUCAAGAAGCUGCUGAGCGGCGGCACUUUCUACUACAGCUCCGACUUCGACCUGACCCGGCGCCUGCAGGACCGCGCGUCUGACGGCGCGACCGUGUCGAUUGACAGUCUGGACGCGGGCUUCUUGUGGAACUCGUACAUGAUCCAGCCGCUGGUCGACUUCAGGAGCCGGCUGGCGCCAAAGGACAAGGACGCGCUGGAUGCGUCGGGCAUCUUGACCUCUGCGAUCCGGGGCUUUGCGCUGACAGUCACGGUCCCCAUCUCGUCGGCGCCGAUCAAGGUGCGCGGCUCCGGGCUGCCCUCGCACAUGACCCUGAUCUCGCGGCUGUCGUGCAGGAGAGCCGGGACGCGCUUCAACUCGCGCGGCAUCGACGACGACGGCAACGUCGCCAACUUCGUCGAGACCGAGACCGUCUACUGGGCGCCGUCGGGCGUCUGCUUCUCGUACGUGCAGGUCCGCGGCAGCGUGCCCAUUUUCUGGGAGCAGCAGUCGGGGCUGCUGCCCGGCCAGCAGAAGAUCACCAUCACGCGCGGCCCCGAGGCGACGCAGCCGGCCUUCGACAAGCACUUUGAGAAUCUCGAACUUUCCUACGGCGCUAUGCAUGUCGUCAAUCUGCUCAGCAAUGAGAAGCCGAACGAGAUUGAACUCACCAAUAGAUAUCGGGAUCACAUCAGGAACAGCCCGCUGAACUUCGGGACUGAGAAGGGAGACAGCGAGCAUGAGCUCAUCAAGCUUACUGAGUAUGACUUCCACGCCGAGACACGGGGUCCUGGGGGGUACGAGAUGGCGAGCAUGAUUGCGCGGUGGAUCCAGGGCUCUGCUGAUUCAUUCGCAUACUAUCUAUCGGAAGAUGUGGAGGAGAAUAUCAGGUCGAACGGGCAGGACCAUUUCGUCAGACGCUCUUCGCCAAUUUUAAAUCAGGAGGGCAUCUUCAGAACCAACUGCCUGGACUGUCUGGACCGGACCAACCUCGUGCAGACCAUUAUCAGCAAGAUGGCUAUGGAGAUCUUCCUAAGCCACAAGGGGCUGGGAGGAAGCCCGGACUUUUGGGUCCGGCACUCGAGCAUGUGGGCCGACAACGGCGACGCUUUGUCUCGCAUCUACGCAGGUACCGGCGCGCUGAAGUCUUCGUUCACACGACACGGCAAGAUGUCGCUGGCCGGUGCGCUGGCAGACGCAAGAAAGAGCGUUACAAGAACGUACAUCAACAACUUCGCCGACAAGGGCCGCCAGAACACCAUCGACAUGCUUCUGGGGCGGCUGAUGGCGCAAGUGCCAGUCCAUCUGUAUGACCCUAUAAACGACUUCGUCGUAGCCGAGCUCACGCGGCGAGCCCCUGAGUUCUCCGAGUCGGACGUCAUCAACAUCCUCGUCGGCACAUUCAACCUCAACGGCAAGACAACCGGCAUCGACCAGGACCUGUCGCCGUGGCUGUGUCCCGACGUCAACGAAGCCCAGCAGUGCCCCGAGAUCGUCGCCGUCGGCUUCCAGGAGAUCGUCGAACUAAGCCCGCAGCAGAUCAUGUCCACCGAGCCCACACGGCGCCAGGACUGGGAGUUCGCUGUGAAGCACUGUCUCGACAAGAACGCCGCGCUGCACGGCAAGGAGGAGUACGUGCUGCUGCGUGGCGGCCAGCUCGUCGGCGCAAGUCUGUCCGUCUUCGUGCGCGCCGACAAGCUCAAGAACGUCAAGAACGUCGAGGGCAGCCUGAAGAAAACGGGCAUGUCGGGUAUGGCGGGCAACAAGGGCGCGGUCGCCAUCCGUAUGGAGUACGCGAACACAUCCAUCUGCCUCGUUACUGCACAUCUCGCGGCCGGAUUUGCAAAUUACGAGGAGCGCAACCGCGACUACAAGACCAUCAGCCACGGGCUGCGGUUCCAGCGCAACCGCUCGAUCGAGGACCACGAUACGGUGAUCUGGCUGGGCGACUUUAAUUACAGGAUCGGACUGAGCAACGACAAGGUUCAGAGGCUGUGUCAGAUGAACGACCUCGAGACCUUGUACGACAACGACCAGCUCAAUCUCCAGAUGGUUGCGGGCUUGACCUUCCCACACUACUCCGAGGCCCGCAUCACGUUCGCGCCCACGUACAAAUACGACCUCGGGACCGAUACUUAUGAUACCUCGGAGAAGGCUCGCAUUCCUGCCUGGUGCGACCGCGUGCUGCGGAAGGGUGAUAAUAUACGGCAGAUCCACUACGACGCCGCGCCGCUCCGCUUCUCGGACCACCGCCCCGUGUACGCCACGUUCCAGGUCAUGAUCCGACGGGUCGACGAGCGAAAGCGCGAUGCCCUCAAAGAAGAGCUGUACAACUCCCGCAAAACCUUCGUCGGCGACACACGCGCCUCCGGGCCCCUCGGCGACGACUCGUCCGACGACGAAGACCUGAUCGGCUACGAAAGCGUCGAGCCCGGUCUGCCGCCCGCCAGCUCCGACCGGCGCAAGUGGUGGCUAGACAACGGCCUCCCCGCUAAAGCCCGCAUCCAACCGCCGUCCGCCUCCCACAUCCCCAACCCAAACCACCCCUCCAACCCCUUCACCCCCAGCCCGGAACCAGACUGGGUCGACCUCGCCCGCUCCCGCCCCGAGCCCCCGCCCGCCCGCCGCCCGCCCCGCGCCCACACCCUCGACUUCAACAACCCCCCGCCCCCGCCGCCGGCCUCCACGGCCCGCAAGAUGAUCGUCCCGACAUUCAACCCCCGCGACCCAGACCAAAUCACCUACGACGGCGCCGGCGCGCGCGACGACCGCACCCCGACCGCGGCCGCCGCCCUCCGCCGCGCCGCCUCCUCGGCGUCCACGCGCUCGCUGCCCGCGCUGCCGUCUCGCGGCGGCCCGCCACAGAAGGUCCUGCGCAAACCCGCGCCCCCCGUGCCCGGCAAGAAACCCGCGCUCCUGUCGCGCGCCGCUGCGCACGAGCCCCCGCCACAGCAGUACCGUGACGACGCGCCGCGGCGCAGUAUGGCGCCUCCGCCGGCGAAUCUGCAUUUGGCGCGCAGGCCGCUGCCCGAAACGGGGGCGGGGGUGGACUUGAUCGAUGCCGGCGAACGACCGCCUGCGCUGCCGCCGCGGACGGGGACGGGGUUCGCGGGUCCCGCUGGGGGGUUGAUGGAUGAUGAGGUUGAUAUGCGGGGGUUGGAUGGGUGGGAGGUUUUGAGACCUGGGCGGUGA